AUGAGCACUCUUUCGCGUACUCUCCCUCGCUCUGUGUCGCGCGCUUCGGCGUCGCUCCGUGUGCCUGCGCGCACGAUGACUGUGCUGGCCUCGCGUGCUGCACGUGUUGGUGCGGCUGCCCCGCGAGCGGCGGCUGUGCCGGCGCAGGUGCGUGGCAUGAAGACGAUCGACUUUGCCGGCACGCCGGAGAAGGUGUACGAGCGUGAGGACUGGCCGCUCGAGAAGCUGCACGAGUACUUCAAGAAUGACACGUUUGCGCUGCUGGGCUACGGCUCGCAGGGUCACGGCCAGGGUCUGAACCUGCGUGACAAUGGCCUGAACGUCAUUGUCGGUGUGCGCAAGGACGGUGAGUCGUGGCGCCAGGCCAUUGAGGAUGGCUGGGUGCCCGGCAAGAACCUGUUUUCGAUUGAGGAGGCGGCGACCAAGGGCACCAUCCUCAUGAACCUGCUCUCGGACGCUGCGCAGACCUCGACGUGGCCGGAGCUGAAGCAGUACGUGACGAAGGGCAAGACCCUCUACUUCUCGCACGGUUUCUCGAUCGUGUACAAGGACCAGACGGACGUCGUGCCGCCGAACGACGUGGACGUGAUUCUGUGUGCCCCGAAGGGCUCGGGUCGUACUGUGCGCACCCUCUUCAAGGAGGGCCGCGGUAUCAACUCGUCCGUCGCUGUGUUCCAGGACGUGACCGGGAAGGCGCUCGAGAAGGCCGUGGCGAUCGGUAUUGCCGUCGGCUCGGGCUACAUCUACGAGACGACCUUCCAGAAGGAGGUGUUCUCGGACCUAUACGGUGAGCGUGGCUGCCUCAUGGGUGGUAUCCAGGGUAUGUUCAAGGCGCAGUACGAUGUGCUGCGUGCCAACGGCCACUCGCCGUCGGAGGCGUUCAACGAGACGUGUGAGGAGGCGCUUGAGUCGCUCUACCCGCUUAUUGCGCAGAACGGUAUGGACUACAUGUACAAGGCGUGCUCGACCACCGCCCGCCGUGGUGCGCUCGACUGGGCGCCCGAGUUCGAGGCGGCGUGCAAGCCGGUGUUUGAGCGUCUCUACGAGAGCGUGAAGAACGGCUCGGAGACCCGCCGUGCGCUCGAGUUCGGCUCGCGCAAGACCUACCGCCAGGACUUUGACAAGGAGACCGAUGCGAUUGCCGACCAGGAGAUGUGGCGCGUGGGCCACGUCGUCCGUGCCCUCCGCCCGAACCGCAAGUAA